AUGUGGUCCGAUGACGUCAACAUGGAGGACGAUGAGCCGCUUCAAAUGACACCCGAACAAGAAGCCGAAGAGGAUAUGUGCCAAGACCAAUCAAGCAGUAAUUACGAUUCGGAGUUGUCGAAUAACGCGCAGGACAAAUUAUCAAGAAAACUGGACCUUCAACAUGAUUUAACGGCGUCGCCGUCGAGGCCGACGAAUCCCGACGUCGAGCAUUGGAUCGAACUGUUUCGGAGUAUACCGCAACGCGAUCAAAUCGAAGCGCUGACGAGAUUGAUACAGGAGACGAGCAUGGACAACAUUCGACAUUUGAAGCAUUUAAUAGAGCCGCAUUUUCAACGCGAUUUUCUUUCGUGCCUUCCAUUGGAGUUGGGCGUCAAAAUUCUGACGAACAUGGCCGGCUCGGACAUCAUCAAAUUGGCGGGCGUCUCGCAUAAUUGGAAAAUGAUCACCGAACUCGACCUUAUUUGGCGCCGACUUUGCGAUACGAGCUUAUUGAAUUUGCCGCCGCCGACAAAUCGCGUUGAAGGCGCCUGGGAGAAUACCGCGAUCAGCGCCACCGUCGACAUACCCGAUCAUAUGUCAACUGCCGAUUUUCAGCAAUAUCGAACGUUUAAAAUGAUGCACAAACAGGGGCCAAUCUUCGAACGCGCGCCGGACAAGGCGAAAUACAUGCGAUCGGUUCGAAUCGCGCGCAAUUGGCGCGAGAACUCGAUUCACGGCAGCUGUAUUCUACGCGGACACGAGGAUCACGUGAUCACGUGUAUGCAGAUUCACGACGAUCUUCUUGUGACCGGAUCCGACGACAACACGCUGAAAGUGUGGAGCAUUGAUCGCGGAGUGUGCCUUUUUACACUAACCGGGCACACCGGAGGGGUGUGGACUUCUCAAAUAUCCUCAUGCGGACGGUUUAUAGUUAGCGGAUCGACGGAUCGCUCGGUGAAAGUUUGGAGCACUGCUGAUGGCUCAUUACUCAACACACUACAAGGACAUACUAGCACAGUGAGAUGUAUGGCGAUAUGUGGAGUCACGCUUGUGACCGGCUCGCGCGACACGACAUUACGCAUCUGGGAUGCCGAAAAGGGCCAUUGUCACGGUGUGCUCGUCGGCCAUCAGGCGGCGGUGCGUUGCGUUCAAUUCGACGGUCACGUCGUCGUUUCGGGCGGCUACGACUUCACGGUGAAAGUGUGGAGCGCGCGGACCGGAUUGUGCAUGAAGACGCUCAUCGGACACGCGAAUCGCAUUUAUUCGCUUUUGUACGAUCGUGAGAAGGGCAUUGUCGCCUCUGGCUCACUGGACACCACAAUUCGCGUUUGGGACCUUCGACGGCAAGAUGGCGAGGAGUGCAUCGCGGUGCUUCAAGGCCACACAUCGCUGACGUCUGGAAUGCAGCUGAAAGGCCACUUUUUGGUGUCGUGCAACGCCGACAGUCAUGUUCGGGUUUGGGACAUGCGCGACGGAAAAUGCGUUUUCCAUUUGAAUGGACAUCGAUCGGCGAUCACAUCCCUUCAAUUCUUUGGCGAAGACACGAUAGUGACAAGCAGCGAUGAUGGCACCGUCAAACUUUGGGACAUUAAGAAAGGUGUCCACAUUCGCGAUUUGGUGAAAUUGAGCUCCGGCGGAAGCGGCGGCUGCAUAUGGCGAAUGUGUUCGACGCCGACGCUGCUCGCGUGCGCCGUCGGCUCGCGCAACAACACCGAAGAGACGAAAGUGAUCCUUUUGGACUUUGAUUCGGUUUACCCGUGA